AUGGCAUCCACGAGUUUUAGAUCUCCUAAUUACAAAUGGGAGUUCAUGUUUUGCAAAAUAAGCAAUGGACCAUAUUCACUUGAUUGGAACCAUUAUUGGGAAGAUGAAUUAAGACUUGGAAAAUUUUCAAAAGACACAUGGAACAAUAUUGUAAAAUGA